AUGAAUUUUGCUGCAUCCAGCGGCAAACUCGUAUUGCUAGGAGAUAUUAACUUUCACGUUGAUGAUCUCACAAACCCUCAGGCUGCAAGAUUCCUUGAUUUACUGGACUGCUACAAUUUAAAGCAGCAUAUAACUGGUGCAACUCAUAAAGCAAAUCACACCUUGGAUCUUGUGAUUACUAGGUCAUGUGAGGAUAUGAUUCACAGCUGGUCAUCCAUGGACCCUCAACUAUCUGAUCAUAAAGUUAUCCAUACAAAAUUACAUCUUAUUAAACCACGUCUACCAAGGCAAGAGAGACAAUACCGCAAACUUCGCAGUGUAGACCCAGCAGUUUUUCGAAAUGAUGUAAUUAAAUGCGCACUAUUCACCUCGGAAGCGUGUAAUGUGGUAGAUUUAUGUGACCAAUAUGACAGUGAAUUGCUCAAGGUUGUCGAUUCCCAUGCACCUUUAAAAACAUGCAUAGUAAGUUCACGACCGUCUGCACCAUGGUAUACUGAGGACAUUUCUAAGGAGAAAUGCAAGCGUCGUCAACUUGAAAGACGUUGGCGUAAGUCUGGAUUAGAUAUGGAUAAACAGCAGUAUUAUGAUCAGUGCAAACGGGUAAGGGAUAUCAUCAAGUCGUCAAAAAUGAAUUAUUACUCUGCAUUUAUUCUUGAAAACAAGUCGGAUCACAAAGUUUUGUUUAAUACAAUAGAUCGUUUGUUGCACCGCAAAUCUGAAAAACAUUAUCCCACAUGUAAUUCUAUCGCUGAACUGUGCAAUUCAUUUGCCAACUUCUUUUCUGAAAAAAUUGUGGCAAUAAGACAAGAGAUUGAUGAUUUACCUAACGCUGAUUCUUCUGAUUUUGAGCAGAUUGAUGAAAUGAUUAUUGAUAAUCAGUUGACUGAACUUUUCCCAACAAGCGUCGAAGAACUAUCGGCUCUUGUUGGCAAAAUAUCAACCAAAUCGUGUAGUUUGGAUCCAGUGCCUGCGUCACUACUCAAGAAUUGCAUCACCGAUUUACUACCCAUCAUUUGUCGAGUUGUAAAUCUCUCAUUUGAAUCCACUAUAAUGCCAACUUCCAUGAAGCAAGCGUUGCUAUCUCCGUUAUUAAAGAAACAAACUUUGAAUUUUGAAAGCUUCUCAAAUUUUAGACCAAUCUCUAAUUUGAAAUUUUUAUCGAAGGUUAUUGAGAAAGUAGCAGCUUCGCGUUUAUGGGAUCACCUCUGCACAAAUGAUCUAAAUGAGAUAUUCCAAUCGGCUUACAAGAAGUAUCACAGCUGCGAAACGGCACUUGUUCGAGUUCAGAAUGACAUCUUGAAAGCCAUUGACAACAACAAAUGUGUGAUUCUUCUAUUGUUGGACUUAUCAAGUGCAUUCGAUACUGUUGAUCAUGACAUUUUGUUAAACAGAUUGCAGUCAAAUUUUGGUGUAAAGGGAAAAGCUCAAGCAUGGUUUCGGUCGUAUCUUACAGACCGCACACAUUUUGUCAAAAUAGAUGGGAGCAGUUCAUCAGUUCAUCCCGUCAGUUACGGGGUGCCACAAGGGUCGGUGUUGGGACCAUUAUUAUAUCUGCUAUACACGUCUCCAUUGGGAAAUCUAAUGCGAAAACACGACAUAUCAUUUCAUCUAUAUGCAGAUGAUAAUCAAAUAUAUACCACGUUUGGUUUCAAUAAUGAUGUUGAACACUCGUUGGCGACGUGUCGGGUUGAAAGAUGUCUAGCUGAUAUCACCAACUGGAUGUCUGCUAAUAAGCUAAAACUCAAUACUGACAAAACAGAACUCCUUGUUCUCCACUCGAAGUUUCGACAGAUUUCGUUGCAACCAAACAUAACUGUUAGAUCUGACACCAUUAAAUCUA